UCAUUCCAUUCAUGCAAUACUGAACCGACAGACCGAAAGAGACCUCAUGGUUGCCUUGAACGAUUCAUCAAGUAAAUUAGCGGUGCCAUUGACCUUUUCCAAUGGAAAUGACGUUGGGAAUCAAAGCGUCGCGUCACUUGCGGAAGGGGGUUCCAAGCCAACAGUGAUUACAUCUUGGGGUUUCUCGGAUUCGUGUUCUGGCAGGGAACGAUUUGCUAUCGUUGGAUGUCAGGAUGGAACUUCGUUCGUCUUUCGCCCGUCGCUGGUGCCUUUCACUCCCUCGGUGUCCAAGUCGCACGAUUCUACCCACUCUUCUAGGCCAUCAAGCCCUCUACGUGUCUCCCGGGGCUCUCGAGCUACAUCCCGCUCGACCUCACCCACGAGCAACAACUUGAUACUUCCACCUUUCAACGUCGCUCCGCGAUCUAGGAUUGUAUCUGGCAUCACCACGGAGCAGGUCGAAGCGCCAAAGAACUAUGUCGAUUUUGAAGACGAGCCCGAUAAACUUAAAGACAUGCUAAAGGGACAUAGAUUAAAGGAUAGACGAAACUCGUCGGAACUUCGAGAUCCUACGUCUAAUCUGAGGCAUGCUCCUACAUCCUCUCCAGAGAUGGCCUUUUCUCCUACUAGACAGAGGAAAGAAAAGCCACGUUCACUCCUUUCUGCCACCACCUCUCCAGGAUUCACUCCCAAAUCUAUUUCGGCCCCGGCCUCACCGAGAGGCCAGCCUUUGAUCGAACAUGAUUCCAAGCUUGACUUCUCGCACUGUAUCAUACCUCCUCAAUUCAUACAAGGGCACGCUGUAGCAUCACUUCGCCCUUUAAACGAGACCCAUUACGUGGUCUUGCGAGAAAAUGGUGAUGUGUCCGUAAUGUCAUGUAGGGAUGGUAAAUGUCUGGCGUCAGUCCAUGCCGACGACGUAUCACUUGAACCGCCUGAGGGCGUAAAAGACCGAGCUGCUGCCAAUGAGGUUUGGAGAUGGAGAGGACUUGAGAUAAUCAGCAUCGGAGAGCAGUCUCUGCUGGUACUGGUAUCUGCAUUUCUUGACGCCAACUCCUCGUCUCUGCCGUCGGCAGAUAUAGAUGGCGGCGACAGCUUCUCUCAAGAAUCCCGUAUAAUGGUAUUCCAAUACCAUCCUGGUGAUGUCAUUGGCGCCAUCGAAGCUUCUCUAGAGAAAGUGGGCGAAUGGCAUAUCGAUGGUUAUCACACUACCGUUGGGAUUUAUGCUGAUUCAGACAAUUCCACAACUUUCCAUUAUGUUUCAGGAGACAAUCAUCUGUUACUGUGUAAUUUACGUUUGACGGCCCAUCCUCUGGUUCAGCCCUUCAAAUUGCCAACACAAGAAGUAACCUCGUUACCGAAUCCGUUCAAGGCUAUGACAACACGGCCUGCAGAUACGCAUUCCACGCAGCCUGUACACAAGUGGAAUCCUGGUAGAAUCUCGUUAGGUCCGAUAAUUGAUGCUGGCCAGUUAGAGGUUCCAGAUUCAUUAUCUGGCAUGCGCACACGAUCAUGCGAUGGUGCUUUGCGCGGACUCUGUUGGUCUGAAACACAUAUUGCAGCUUUCGAUUAUUGUGGUGGCACACUGCAGAAUUUGUUUGUGCAGCCGAUGGAGGAUGUAAACGAUAUUCAAUGGAUUGAUGAUUCAACAUACGCUAUCGUUAGUGAAGGGCGCGUUGAGUAUCACACUUUCAGGUUCGUCGAUGCGAAUAACGAUGAUGUUGGAAGGACAAACCACGGAAACACGAUCUAUAUUCAGCCAAGAUUUUUGUACGCCAUCGACACUGCACCACAUGAAACACUUCACGUUAUUUCCUCGCGAGAACUUCUCGUAUUAACUACUGCACGAACCGGCGGGAAAUGCCAGCUCAUUCACGUUACCUACGAUGAUACAUCGUCUCCGAGCCAGCGUGCACGAACUCUGUGGAGACCCCCGAAGACCAGGUCCGAUUCUACAGCAUCGCAUACCGCAAUAACAUCCAUCUUACCUCUACAGUUGGAUGUGGCGAUUACGGGACAUAGUGACGGACACUUGCGGCAGACGUCCUUUUCUCAACUGUGUCAAGCAGCGCCUACAUCCUCCAUCAAGCAAAAAAAAUCGGACGUGCCUCUCGGUGGAUAUAUCAUGGCCUUGCAUGUGGUUCAAAAUGGCAGGACCAAGGAGCGUUACGUUGUCGGUGGAGGGGAUGAUGGAUCGAUCGCAUUUUGGACUUCUGACACUCUCAAACUUUGCGCCCGCUGGAUCGUUUUCACCGAGCCUCUCGUACGAGUCCAUCAGUUUCAUAAGAUGACAACUGGUCCUCUUCGCGGAUGCGUUCUAUGUGUGUCUCAAGAUGGCACAAUAGCCGUUGUUGUAGUAGAUGGCUUCCAGUUCUUGCACCUGAUCCCUGGAUCCGCCUUUCCCACAGUCAGAAUAUGCUUGCGAGAAGACGAGCUUCUGAUUAUCUAUGCAGACCGACGUGCUCGUAUAUGGGACGCCAAGACGAAGGAAUUCAGGAGAUCCUUGGGCCUGGAUAAGGCAGAGGAACUCAUCAGCAAAGAAGGAUGGCUCGAAUUAACCUCUGAUAGCCAAGAUUGCAUUCCAGAUACCGUCUUGAAGAGGCUGCCUGGACAGGCGCCGCCUGCAGUAACGACGCUCUCUUUGGAUCUUGAACGAUUCAUAACCUAUUCAACAACGGUUAUAAAGACCAUCAGUACGAAUCUCUCCCAAACGCAAGCGAUUUUCUCAACUCGCCACCGGCUUCUGUCUCUCCUCUCGGUCCUCUUAACUCCGGGAUUAAAUAAGGACACGGAUGAAAUAUGCCGAGACCAUUUGGCUAUUGGAACGUCAUUAGCGCACCCCGGAUUCUCAAGUCAUGGCUUCACAAGUAUCUAUCGAUUCAGCCACCCAAGCGACCCAUGGUGCAUAUCGGGCGAGGUUUCUGCUGCACGCGCACUAUCCAUAACUGUCACUCUCCGUGCUCUUGGGCUCUUCGAAGAGCUGACAGAUUUUGCGGACGCCGUUAUCGCAUUCUAUGCUACAUCCUUACCUCUCAUAAUUGGUCCCAAUUACAAGGCCCCCAGUCUUCCAUAUCUCGCCAGGCAAUGGUUCGAUACGUCCCACGAGGUCCGGCAAAGCUCUCGGCUGCUAUUCGACGCAGCUGUUGCACGCUUAUCCGAUGAAGAGGCUAAUGCCGUCGCAGAACAAUGGCAGCAUCAUCUCCCGUGUCUCCAGCCGACCGCUGAUAGGGAAUCCACUCAGGCGGCUCUUUCGCUUUUCAUUUGCGGAUAUCUUGCUGCAGAGAAAUAUAGUUUGUUCGCAUCAAGCGUUUUGACGGACAUAUCGAAGUCUAUAACCUUAUAUCUCCAAGACGAGCAGUCUAUCUUCCGGGUACUUGCUAUUGAUCUGUGCUCCCGCGGUUUCCAUGUCUGGCAACAUUAUAUCGACGCAAUGGAAAUUCUCAGGGCCCUCUUUGUCUUGGCCACCACUUCGCGGAAGGAAGCCAUAUCGGCUCAAAACACAGGUGCCCAGGCAAGGUUAGCCGUACUGCAUAUUGCCGCCUCCAACACGCCUUUGUUUAUGACAACACUGGGGCUUGACAUUCUCAGUCCAGCCAAUGUGGAAUACCGAAAGUCGAUCAUGCAGAUCGUUGCUUUUCUGAUACGAAAGCGGCCCAUGGUGCUUUACCCAAACCUGCCAAAAUUGAUGGAAGCUGUCGUGAAGUCGUUGGACCCCAAUUCAACAUCUCAUAGAGAUGCCAUUUUGGAUACUGCGACUGAGAUUAUCGGACACGUUGUGAAGACGUAUCCUUGUAUCGAUUUUCACAUGUCGACUCAGCGCUUAGCUGUCGGCACGAGUGAGGGCGCGAUUGUCAUGUACGAUCUGAAGACAGCUAUUCGGCUGUACGUGCUCGAGGGGCAUAAGAAGGGUAUCACGGCAUGUAGUUUCUCCCCCGAUGGACGUCGCCUGGUUACAAUGUCUCUUGAGGAAAGCGUGGUGCUGGUGUGGAAAGUCGGAUCUAGUUUUUCGAGCUUUUUCAAUCCUGGUGCACCGCCGCGCCAGGGACAUGCAGGUUCUGAGCCUUUCAAAACCCUUUCGUUCAAUGUUGGGGAAGAAGCGAAAAUGACUCCCUCGGAGAGCCUUACCCUAGUUCGUUUUGAGUGGAGUGCGGAAAGAAGCACAAAGCUAAAAAUUCGUGAUAGUGUACUUACUUUCAGUACCUGAUGCAACGGGCUCAGUUGUGGAAUUCAUUUUUAUGGUGGUGUUACCGGCGCCAGGUCCCAAUAAGUAACGGCUGGGUCCACAGCCCUGACAUGGCGAACCAUGCACUGUGGCUGCGAAGGCUCAUACCGUUGUAAUCACACUCGGAGUAGAGACUCUUCGCAGGGUACACAAUUGAAUG